AUGACAGAAAACACAAUAUCUGAGGCACUAGAUUUCGGUGGGAGGAUGAGCAGUGGCUCAAUAACUUCUUCCCAUCUAUCUCUGUAUCAAGCUGAGUCGGCUGCUCAAUCGCUGGAAAAUGUCAAGAGAAUUAAGCCGAAUACACAACAGCGGCCAUCCUCCAAUAAUGUCGAUAAUAUAAGAGAUAAAGUGCAGAGGUUAAUACAUCUUAUUUUGCAUGGUCUACCUUUGGAAGCAAGCUACAAUAGCUAUUAUAACAGUGUUGAGAUACUCUGUCGAUGUAAGCAUAAUGAAAAAUCUAACCUCUCGACAAUACUUAGUGAUGCAAUUGAUCAAUACUUCAGAGAGAAAAUAAUGAUACAUGUUGAAGAGGUGCUUGCUCGUACUGACUUGGUUGAUUCUGUGAAUGGAUUUGUAGAGGAAUACGAGAAAUGGGACGAAAAGUUAAUGAUGCUCAGUAAGUUAUUCCUUUACCUAGAUCGGGGCUAUCUAUUACAACACCCUCACAAAAUGAUGAUAGCUGAAAUGGGGAAGACAUUGUUUGUUGAAAAUAUCAUAGUGAAGAGCGACCUAGUGCUAACAAAACAUAAGUUGCUAUUGCAGAAACUUCGUAAAACGGAAAAUAACGAGAUCACUGCACUCGCCAAGAGACUUACAAAGAUCUUGGUUAAAUUAAACUUUAAUGGAAGACUACAAAUCCACAACGACUUGAUAGAUCUGAUUCUGAGUGAUUAUAGCAUUAUGAAAGAAAGCUGGAUUGAGGAACCUCAAACUUACGUACCUAAAGUAUUACUGAAAAUCUCUAAAGAAAUCACGUAUUUCAAAGAAUGUGGCUAUUCCAAGGAGUUUUUGAGAGAUCUUCUAUUGAAGCUUAAGUGGAUCUUAAUAUUUCUGGACUUUUCAACUGUUAUUCAUGUUACUUUGCCCUAUUUGAUACAUGAGAGAUAUGUUAAAGAGCUCGAAAUAGUAUUUGGAUUUGCAGAAUUGGCGACAAGCGAAUAUCAAUUCGAUUCUUUCUCAAUUUUCAUUUAUGAAUGGGGCAAGCUAGUUUUCAAUAGAAUUUGUGAUUUAAUUACAGACCAAAAGGGUAGUUCAAAGAAUAUUAUUCCAAUUUUAGUGGACGCUAAUUCAGAUUUUAAGAACAUCGCAACUACUAAAUUGGCAAAGAAUGAAAAAUUCGAGUUUGAGCUCAGAGUUGCCUUCAACAAAGCUUUAAAUCAGUCUAAUAUCACAUUGCAUAUAAUAAGUCAAUUAUGCAAAUAUUGUGACUCGUAUUUAAGAAAUUCAAUAAAGAAAGGAUUAGGUUUGCCUUUCAACAAGUUUCAGAACGAUGUCAUGACAAUAUUUAAAGCAAUUAAUGAUAAGGAUGGCUUCAUUCAGGCUUAUAAAAACGACCUUUCCCGAAGAUUAUUACUUAGCAGAUCCGCUAAUUUGGAUGAAGAACAAAAACUUGUUGAUCUACUAUUAAAAAUUACAGGGGAGACUGACAACUCAUUAGAUUUACAAAUAAUGUUUAAAGAUUUACAAGUUUCAAGAGAUUGUUACUCAGAUGUUGACGUCACAGAAGGUUCCAAUUUUAGUUUCAAUGCUUUGAUUUUAGAGAAAAAAGUUUGGCCCGAAGUACCUAGAAAAGAGUCUGAUAUUAAAUUACCAUCAAAUCUUGGUGCAGCUCUUGAUUCGUUUUCAGCCAUAUAUCACAGUGCAGAUGAAAAGCGUAAGAAUCAUGUUUUAGAUUGGAGCAACUAUGCGUUACAUCAACUAAUAAUCACUGCAAAUUUUGAUUCAGGGCCAAAAGAACUAAUAGUAAAUUUACUUCAGGCAAUAGUUAUUCUCCUUUUUAAUGAUAAGCAGUCCUAUAAAUUUACAGAAAUUCAACAAGAGACGAAAAUAGAUGGCAAGUUAUUAAAAAGGGUUUUAGGAAGCUUGACAAGAUUCAAGGUUUUGAUGCAAAAGGGACAAGUGUUCGAAUACAAUAGCCAAUUCGAAGAUAAAUCAUUUAGAAUUCGGAUCCCGCUUUCCAAGGACAAAGAAACAAGCUCUAGUGGUGAUAGCGAACAAUUAGAACCGGUUAAAAGGAACAGGGAGUCUGAAGUGAAAGCUGCAAUAGUUCAAAUUAUGAAGAUCUCCAAGAGCUUGCCAUAUUCUGAAUUGCUCGUGAAAUCGUUAGAAAAACUUGAGAAAAAAGGAGCAGUGUCAAUUCAUGAUAUAAAGUUAUCAAUUGAAGGCUUGAUAGAUAGCGAUUAUCUUGCAAGAGAAGAGAAAGAUAAACUUUCUUACAUUCCGUAA